ACGAGCAUCACAAGCCUCCGUCAGAUGGGCUGGAAGCUCUUUGGAGCAACAGAUAGCAGAGCGGCAGACAGAAGAGAGGAGAGGAGAGAAAAGGAGGAAAUUGGCUCUCUCCAUCCCUCCAUCUCUACAACGCACGACUCUCCUCUCUCUUCCUCCCGCCUGACACGGGGAUCCCCCAACUUUGAGGCUUUUCCCUCUUCUUCCUCCUCCUCCUCCUCCUCCCUCCCCGCCUCCUCCUCCUCUAUCUUGCGCACGCUGCGUUUGCUUUGCUCCGGAGCUUGGCGCACGGCUGCACGACAGUAAACCGCGGCACACGGAGACUGAGCGGCACCGCAGGCAGGGGGGAUACCGGACGGACUGCGGAGAUGCAGGGAUUGCUCCCUGCGUCCUGCGCCUCCCACCACCAGCACCAGCACCGCCGGGGACACGCAGGUUUAAUGGUAUCUAAGUGUGUGCGCGAGUGCAGUGGCGCGCGUGCGUGUGUCAGUGCGGCGCACAGAUGGAGCCGUGCGCUCCGAGUGUGACUGUGAGCAAACCGAGCUCCUCCCGGACACCUGCUGCUGCUGCAGCGCCUCUCUGAUGUGAAGAUGAAGAACUCCCUGCGGAAACUCCAAACCUGCGCAAACAUGUGACUUUUUUUUCUUCUGCUCAAAGGAAUUACAGAGGGGUCGCGCGGCAAAAAGAACCCCCCCCCCCCCCCCUCCCAUCCUCUCCUCCUCUUUCUCUCCUUCUUCAGAGUGACUUCAGGAUGGGUCCUGUUUGGCUUGUUCUUCUGCUCCCAUCCCUCCUCAGAGCGCAGGUAACUCCAGACACAUCAGGAGUCACGGUGGAGGCAGACAACAGCACAGACUCUUUAUCAAACAGGACGGGAAGCUCAAACAUCUCCACCAGUCCCUCCACUUCCUUCAGUCCCCCAGAGCCUACAGAAGCUCCCACAGAGGAGGAAGAUGACUGGUCACCAGCAGAGACCUUCCUGUACACUGGAGAAGCCUCCACUCUGGAAGUGGCCCGCUGCUCACGGGCGUACAGCACACCGGGGCAGUCCAGAUCCCUGCCCACCACCUUUAGCGCCCCCCUCCGGCCAGCUCUGGACGCGCUGGCCAACACGGCCAACUUCCUCAACAUGAUCUUCCAGGCCAGUGACCUGCGGGAGAGCACCGUACAGGAGGAUAUGGAGUGGUACCACGCCCUGGUCCGUGCCCUCCUGGAGGCCGACGUGCUCAUCCAGCGAGCCCUGCUCACCUUCGACGCCGACCCGACUGCCCAGGUGCCGCAGCUGGUUCUCCGUGCCUCCCGCAACCCAGCGGCCAAGGUGCAGAACAUCAUCCUCCAGGACUUAUCCAAGGCCUGGGAGAGCCUGCACCCGCCUGCCCCAGCCCCCGACGACAGCUGGUUCAGAGGUUUUAAAUUCCCAGAGUCCCCCCAGGUGAUGGCCGCCCUGUCCAAGCGGGUGCUCCUCAAUGACCUCAGCACCUUGGACACGCCCAAGUGGAGGCAGGGCGACAGCUACGUGACCAAUCGUAGCGGGGUGCGAUGGGCCAGCGCCCCCUUCCUCGACUGUGAGGAUGGUUGCUUCGUGCCCGGCUGGAUGCUCACCCUGUCCACGUCCUACUACGGCCUCAAGCCUGACCUGACGCCAGAGUUCAGAGGUGUGAUCCGUGUGGAUGUCAACAUUCAAGACAUCGACUUGGACCAGUGUUCGACAGGAGACGGGUGGUUUGCUGAUAGUCACGAGUGCAACCGCACCAGCAUGGAGUGCGUACCAAUUCCAGGCCGGGGUUUUCGACUGGGUCAGUACUGCUGCCGCUGUAAAGAGGGUUUCUACAACCCUGAGAUAGUCCCUCAAGACUCAGGUGUCGAUGCAGAUGGUGGCCCCAUGAACGCCACUGACGGCGGGGCUACGUGCUACCCGAACAUGCCCAUCUGUCUCCCGUGCUGGCCGGGCUGUAAGAGCUGUCAGGACGGCACCCCCUGCUGGGUGCAGGAGGCCUGGCUUCUCAGGGCCGCCGUGCUGGCCGUCCAGGGGGUCUUCAUGCUCCUCAUCUUUGUCAGCAUGCUGGUGGCCUACAGGCAUCGCCGAAACCGGAGGAUCCGGGCGUCCGGCCUCCUGCUGCUGGAGACGAUCUUGUUCGGCUCUCUGCUCCUCUACUUCCCGGUCUUCAUCAUGUACUUCAAGCCGAGUACAUUCAGGUGUAUUCUGCUCCGCUGGGUCCGAAUGCUCGGCUUCUCCAUCGUCUACGGCACAGUCACACUGAAAAUGUACAGGGUGCUGAAGGUGUUCCUCUCACGCACGGCCCAGAGAGUGCCCUACAUGUCCAGCCUCCACCUGCUGAGGAUUCUGGGAGUGAUGCUGAUGACGGUCAGCUGGUUCCUGUGUGCGUGGACGGUGGGUGUCCUGCAGAACCGCGACAGGAACAUCCCGGUGUUCAUCACAACCACCACGUCGGACGGGCAGGGGUUCAACCUGUGCUACCUGGACCGCUGGGACUACAUGAUGGCUGUGGCUGAGCUUCUGUUCCUGUGUUGGGGCAGCUCCCUGUGGACCGCCGUCAGACCGGUCCCCUCAGCCUUCCACGAGCCUCGCUACAUGGGCAUUGCCAUCCACAACGAGCUGCUUCUCUCCACCAUGUUUCACCUUUUCCGGUUCACCUUUCCCUCUCUCCAUCCUGAUUGGAUGUUGCUGCUCUCCUUCACGCACACCCAUGUGACCAUCACCGUCACACUCGCCCUGCUCUUCCUUCCCAAGUUUCUUUAUGUGUCUAAGCCUGGGAGAGAGGAGAUUGCAGCAGAGGUAUAUGAAGAUGAAGUGGACCUUCGGCGCUCCUGCUCGUACCUCAACAGCAGUUUCCACUCUGUUUGGAGUGAGCCCAGUGUGGACCCGGAGGAUUUUCGGGAUGAACUGAAGAAGUUAUAUGCCCAGUUAGAAGUCCACAAGACCAAGAAGAUGACCGCAAACAACCCUCAUCUGUCAAAGAAGCGAAGUUCUCGAUGUACAUUGGGGAGAUCCAUUAUUAGACGCAUUGCUGAGAUCCCAGAAUCCAUGAGCCGGCAGUGCAGCCGCGAGGAGAAAGAUGGAUCGUUCCACAGUAGAAUUGUGAAUCAGGAUUCUUUCAGGAGGACCCCAGAUACAAUAUCAGUCAGUAUCAGUUACAGAAGUUCAAUGACACCAUCACCAUCUAUGCGCAAGUCCCAAAGUGAUCAUCACUAUGUCAGGGAAAGAGACUCUUCUUUGCGUGACUCCAUGUUAAAGGCCAACGCUGUGAAGAGGUCUUCCCGACGAUCUGAGACUGACUCCUUGGAUAUUCCACCAGGGGUCUGUAAAUCAGCCAGUGCCCAAAAUCUGACAAUUGAUACCAAUCUUCUGCAUCCUGAUCACACCAGACUUCAUAAGUCCUGGAGUCUAACUUCAACUACUGCUCAUUCUACAGAAAACAUAUCCAAGGUUAACAGAGCCAGUACAGUGCUGACAAGGUCCAGGCAGAGCAUUUCCAUUAGCGACCAGACCAGGAGUGCUCUCCAGUCAGAGUCUUUUGACAAGGCUGAGGUCUGUCCUUGGGAGGUGGAGCCAGAGCAAUCAGGGGACAAGAACCAGAAGCAUGUCACCUAUGCAAACUCUGAGGAUGGUGAGGAAACAAGACCACCAUCUCCACAGUCGCUUAUCUGUCCCUGGGAUCAUUUACCACCUGUAAAGCAACCUUCAGAGGAUAGGGGAAUGCAAGGUGAAACUCAGUCCCCUAAACCACAGGCUACUGUGUCUGCAAGUUUACCAGGCUCUCCAAGACCAAAGUUCACUAAAGAUCAACGAGUCUUCUCCUUCCGCACCUCCACCACCACUGCUAAGUGGCUCUCUGUGAAAUCAAUUAUGGGCUCCAUGGAUGCAGGAAGCAGGUCCAGUAGGGAUGGAAGUUUUCAUGAGGAUUCUGUUUCACAAAAAAGUCAGGAAAGUGCUUCCACAACACCACGAUCAAGAACAUCUAGUAGACGUCCAAGCGUGGAAAAGAGAUCACUGCAGAAAAGAAGCAUGACAACAGAUGGAAAACCAUGCCUUGUGAAGCAGAAUGCCAUCAGACUGUCUUCUGUGGAUUCUUCUGAGAGAAGCCCAAGAAGGCUUGUGAUUGUAAAAUCUGCCGUCUACCCUUGGGACACGGAUGAUAUGCAAAAAGAUGGCACUUAUGAAAAUGUGUUUUUAUCAAGGCAGAACAGCAAACGUAGUAGUAUAAGUUCUUGGGAAACUGCCAGCAGCUGUAGAACUCCUUCAACUCACAGAAGAGGAAGCAAUCGAAUUACACCAGUCCGUAAUAUUUCCCAUGCAGAUGUGUGUCCAUGGGAGGGACCUGGUACUUUCCAGGAAGGAGAGGGGCCAAAGAAGCAACAGAGCAUUAAAGGAGACGUCUGCCCUUGGGAAGUGUCUGGACCAUCUAAUGUAUGUCCAUGGGAAUCUCAAGAGCAGGGAAAUAUGAAAAGACGAGGAAGUGCCAUUAGUAACGUGUGUCCUUGGGACUCACAGGAUAUUCCCGUUAUUUAUCAUACUAAGCUCUCUAGAGAUUCACAGACACAACAGUCUUUGAAACAUGCAGCAGACGUAUGUCCCUGGGAGACUGCAGAAACUCCUCAACCUUUAAUAAGGCAAGAUAGUGAAUAUACUAAUGUUUGUCCUUGGGAGGUUCAGGAGAAGGCUGAAGUUGUAUAUGAAAACGUAAAUCCUUUGGAGACCAAGGGAACGCUGACAGUGCCCGUCCGACAAGAAGUUAGGAAAACUGCCCUCUACCCCAGUGGAUCAAAAGAUAGUAAUGAACAACAACACCAUGCAAAAUCACCUGCCCUGAGUUUGAGUAGACAAGUGACUAAGACAACAGAAAGUUGUCCAUGGGAUUUCCCCGAACCCCCUAAAAUCAUGGAAAACAUUUGUCCAUGGGAAGAGGGGAACACAGAGCCAACAAAUACAGACUCGAAAACGACCAUUAAGGUAGAUAUUUGUCCCUGGGAGACGGGACAUCAAGACAAACCAGAAGACUCACAAAAAGGUGUCUCACUUUUGAAAGCUGCUUCCAUACAAGCUGAAGAGAAAGACAGCACAAAAGUAAACAUAUGUCCCUGGGAAACUGAGUCCCCUGAAAAACCUGCCGCUACCACGAUGGUGUCACAAGGAGUGGAAAGAUCGGCAGAUGUUUGUCCAUGGGAUAGUAGUGAACCAGAAUCAGGAAAGCCAGAAACCACCAAAAUACCUUUGAGUCAUAUAAGGCAAGACACAGUUCAUGCAAAUAUUUGUCCAUGGGAUACAGAGGAAGCAGGGGCAGUCAAAACUGAAGUAUCAAACGUACCAGAGCAGUCCAAACAAGAUGUUUGUCCAUGGGAAACAGAAGCCCCAAAAGUUCUGAAAAAGCAAGACAGCACUAUGGCAGAUGUUUGUCCGUGGGACACAGAAGAGCCAAAAGUUCUUAAAAAGCAAGACAGCACUAUGGCAGAUGUUUGUCCGUGGGACACAGAAGAGCCAAAAGCUCUUAAAAAGCAAGACAGCACUCGGGCAGAUGUUUGUCCGUGGGACACAGAAGAGCCAAAAGUUCUUAAAAAGCAAGACAGCACUAUGGCAGAUGUUUGUCCGUGGGACACAGAAGAGCCAAAAGCUCUUAAAAAGCAAGACAGCGCUCGGGCAGAUGUUUGUCCGUGGGACACAGAAGAGCCAAAAGUUCUUAAAAAGCAAGACAGCACUAUGGCAGAUGUUUGUCCGUGGGACACAGAAGAGCCAAAAGUUCUUAAAAAGCAAGACAGCACUAUGGCAGAUGUUUGUCCGUGGGACACAGAAGAGCCAAACGCUCCUAAAAAGCAAGACAGCGCUCGGGCAGAUGUUUGUCCGUGGGACACAGAAGAGCCAAAAGUUCUCACAAAGCAAGACAGCGCUCGGGCAGGUGUUUGUCCGUGGGAGACCGAAGAACCAGGAGCUGUCACAAAGCAAGACAGCAUUGGAGCAGACAUUUGUCCCUGGGAAUCUAAGGAUCCACAAACCUCAACAGAAGGCAACAUUGAAAUUCCCACUGGUGACAAAGACGAAGUCACAGAGAACCAGGGGCCCCUCAAUGUAGAGGAGACUCCAGAAGAUAUCAGCACAGAGCAGAUAGAUGAGUCCAAAGAAAACCUGCGGCGCAGUGAUGCUUUGUGUCCCUGGGAGAUGAUAAGGAGCAGAUCUGGUUCAUUCACAGACAAUGCCUCAGAUGUUUUUACAUGGGAGCCUGAGAAUAUUCCUGAAGAAGAUGAAGAGGACGAUGCAGAAUUUGCUGCAGAGGCUCUUGUAUUCCCACCUGAUUUGUGACUUAAAUCUAAACAGCAUUUGUUUUCACUUUUGACCCCUUCCCACUAAAUCAAGGGGAAUCUGAACUCUAUAAAAACCAUUUUGGCGGUAAACUGUUGAAGGGAAACUUCACUGUUUUUAACUUCCCUAGCUCCACAGGGAAGUUGAUGGUCAUACUCUUGAGCAGCUACCCUGCAGCUGGCAGAGCUGAAAGCCAUUUUGUGUUGGACAAUUACUUGGGCUACUCAAAGACAGAAUUUAGGGCUUCGUUGUUUCAAGUUGGACUAUGCCAGGUUGGUUGCUGUCUGACUAAGAAGCUGACGAAGUAGUAGAGACUUGAUGAGCUGGACAGAGAAAGUUGUGCAAACCUGACUGAAAAUAUGUUUUCUUUUAACUGGAGCACUAUUGCACACUAAUUAUGUCCCUAAUCAAUCCAGCAAUGAACUACAAACAGACAUUUCUUGGCUGAUCGAAGGGCAUCUAAGGUAUUUAGAUGAAGACCCUUUUCUUCCUAAUUUUACCCCCCAUUUUAAAUUAAAAUGUUUUUUUGUGUCUUUGUAUGUUUUUAGGUGACAAUUCACAUAUUUGCCAUUUACGUGCAGUAUGUUAGACUCAUGGCCCGGGGUGAAUGUUACCUUACACCUUAGAAAGUCCAGAGUGCUCACAAUCACAAAUACAGCACAGGACCUAAGAGAUGGACUUUAAUGAAAGAUGGAAGCCUAACCAGCACACACACACACCAGAUAAAUUCAGUCUAAUUUUGUUCUUUUGUGGAAAUUAUAUUUUCAAAGUAGAAGAAAAUGUAACGUGUAAAGCAGUGUCGCCAGUACUACAAUGGAUGUCAAAUUACAUUUCUAUCAAGUAUUAAUGGUUGAUUAAACUAUGCAUACCUGUUUUCUUAAGUGACUAAAAGCCAAUAAUUUUCUCACCUUUGAUUCAGUCACAAUAAUGGAAAAAAUAACAUUCCACCACUUCAAGAAAUGCCCAAACAAAUGCAUAAAUCGCCAUAAACUGGAGUGAAAAGCUGCAUUAUCCUUUUAUAUCUGAACAUUUAGAAAGUCAUGUCAAUGCCUUUUAUGCAAAUGCACUUGACACCAGUUUCAUUAAGAUGGGACAACGAGAUUAAACAUUAAAAACACUUAACAAAUGAAAUGUUUGGUAGAUGCAGAGAACUUAAAAUUGUACAGGACAUUUAUGUUGCAGCUAACCUGAGAUUGACUUAAUCUAAAUACUAUAAUAAGUUAUGGAGGUGAAAUGUUGAAUAAUUGCUAGAUAAGGUUUACUACAAAUGUUUGUGUCAGGGUUCUUUAUGCAGAUAUUAUAAUUAAUCAUUAUAGUCAUUUCUGGGAAAAAGUCACAUGUUUGGCAACACUUAAAUAUUCUUUCAAGUCUUUGAAAGGAACUAGACUAUCAGAUUCCUUUAAAUGACUCCACUGAUAUGCAGACGACUGGUAAUACUACAGAAACAAAAAAAUCAACUUAUGGACUAGUCAAAGAUGUCUUAUGACAAUUAGAUAUCUUUAUUAUUAGCUGUGGCCCUACAUUUAAUGUCUGACAUUAAUGAAUACUUCUUUAAAUAGUUCAAAAUCAUUACGUUUCACAUACAGACAAUUGCAACUUUUUAAAGG